AUGUCGAACCACAACGCAGAUGAACACCUGUUGGAAAUUUCAAACACUGAUUUAGUAUCAACUCUAAAUAGGCGUAGAGUUCAAAUAAACGCAUCAAUCACUAAACAUAGCACGUUUGUUAAUAAAUAUGUUGAAACGCCAAAUGCUAUAUCUGAGGCUGAGUCCAGACUCAACAUAAUACCAACUCUAUUAAAUCAAUUUGAGGACAUUCAGUCUUGCAUAGAAGAGAUAGAUGACGAUAACGAUGAUACUCAUCUUAUUGCCAGAGAAGAGUUUGAAACUUGA